AGACCCAGUAAGACCGGGGAGUUACUGGGUCAUGUGAAAUUUCCGAAUCCCCUAUGAAGUCAACAAAAUUUGAGGGAACUAUUUCUCACACCGAAUGGUAGAUCCAACACUUGUGUACAGACGUUACCAUGGGUACGUCAGCAGUCUGAUUUGCUUGACAGGUAUUGUAGGAAACAUUGUAAGCUGCAUUGUAUGGAAUCGAAAAAAGUCCCAAAAGCCUACCUUCUUCAUAUUAUCCUUUUUAGCUGUUGCAGACACACUUUGUCUCCUGAUGUUUCAAAUUUAUGUCGUCUGCUUCUUCAUGAUGAUGUCGCCUAAUGACGAAGAAACCUAUACCGAGGCGGGAAUGUAUAUUGUGAUGAUAAGUUUCCAUUUGUUCAUUGCUUUUCAUAUGCUCUCCACUUGGUUCACGAUUACGAUGAUGAUUUUCCGGUACAUCAAAAUUGUGAAACCUACACUAGCGUCGAAAGUCUGCACCAUCAAACGCGCGAAAAUCUCCAUCGCAGUCGUAACUGUCACGGUCCUUCUGGCCUCAGCAGCAAACUAUCCUUUCUACGGAGUUCAAAAAAUCAAUCAAGGAAACUCAACAAAUGCUACCAUUUAUUUUCUUAUGCCAACGGCAUUCACAAAAUCCCAUCCCGAAUAUCCCACUCUUUUGCUGUGGAUUUAUGGAGUGGUGGUAAAAAUAAUCCCCAUCAUGACCAUCGUGAUUCUGUGUAGCUUAAUCAUUUGUCAUGUUCAAAACGCCAAGAGACGGGUCCAAGACAUCACUCAGAAUCUCUCGUCGGCCGAAGCCUACAAUCAAACAAGCCUAAUGUUGACCGUCAUUGCAUUCAUUUAUGUCCUUACUGAACUUCCGAUUGGUAUCAUGUCGUUUAUUUCUGGUUUCCAUGGAGACGACGGGCAUCUAUUUUACUUUUUGCUAUUUUCGGGAGUUGGAGACUUGCUUGAUUUAUGUACCUUGGUCAACAGUACCGUAAACUUCUUUGUAUAUAUCUCUAUGAGUGGUGAAUUCAGAAGAAUUUUUUGUAAGAUGAUAAAAUGUAGCUAAAUCAACAAGUAAAUAUAGUAUCAAGAAAAAAAAAAAGAGACAUGCCUUGGAAUAGUUACGGUUUCUUUUUCUUUUAGGUUUUUGCACAUGUAUUGCAAAAAUGAAAGAUUAGUUUGUUUUGCGGACAAUUUUGAUCUUUUUUGAGGAAG